UUGCUCAUUAAUCACUGUCUCUCAUUCACUAAUUAAAUUUAUUUCCUUCAAAAUAUUUAAGACAAUCUUAAAUUUCGCAAGAAUAAAAUUAUUUUUCUUAUUUUAUGUAUAUAUUAUAGUCUAAAAGAUGAGAAGAAACUGUAAUCUUGAACUCCGCCUUGUUUCUGAACCCAGUAACAAUCAGACAAUUAUGGAGAAGGAGAGGCAGCAGCUAACUAUAUUCUACAAUGGUAGAGUUUGUGUUUCUGAUGUUACAGAGCCUCAGGCUAGAGAAAUUUUGUUGCUUGCAAGUCGAGAAAUGGAUGAUAAACUGAGAACUCCAAUUGCAACCCCUAGCGAAACACCUAGUGAUUCGGAAUUUGCUUCGCCAACAUUUCCGCUAUGUAGCCCUAGUACCGGUCUUUCGAUGAAGAGAUCGAUCCAACGGUUUCUCCAGAAGAGGAAGCAAAGAGCUCAAGCAACAUCUCCCUACAACUACAAUGACUAAUCGUUAAUUAAUUGAUAUUUUGGUAAUUAAUUAUUAAUGUUAUUUAAUCUCUUUGAUUGUUUCUGAGUAGAACAAAAAUUACAGUAUAUCUUUAUGUCUAUGCUGUUUUCUUUUUUAAUAUUAUACAUAAAGUUUUCUUUA